GCCGGGGAUUCGCAUCAUCCCACCGCCGGCCGCCAGAGAUCUACUCUUCCCCGUCCCUGGGCACUUUGGUAGGGGGCCCAUUCAGACUUUUGGGCAGGCCCUUGGCCUCCAGCGCCGCGGUCCGAUAAGGGGCAUACACAAGUUACCACCAGCACGCUCAGCAGCGCGGCCCUUUCCCCUCCUCCUUCUUCUUUUCUCUCUUUUUCUCGCUCUCCCUUCCGGCUCGGGCAUCAUGGCAGCUCUAGCAGGAACCCCGACACAGGCCGCCUCAGCAUCGGCUGGCUCCCCCCCUGCGCCGACGCCGACGCCGACGUCGACGCCAGGCACACCUGGCGCCGAGUCUGGCCCAGACCCGGCGCCGGCUGAUACUCCCCCGCCGAGCCGGCCCCCUGCCAAGCCCAAGGCCCCGGUCUCCCUGUACACGGAUCCCUGCGCAAUGGAGGCGAAGGCCUCUCUGCGAUGCGUGGAGCAGCAUGGCGGGCUCGGCAAGAAGGUCGACAUCAAGACAGUUUGCAGUGAGUUCAUCCAGGCGUACAACAAUUGCCGGAAGCAGGCUACCCUGGAGCGGAAGAAGAAGAAUGCCGAGCGGGGGUUCUUCUUCUAAUUUCCCUGUCGCCGAAAAAAACAAGAAAUAAACACACACAAA